AUGGUCGCAAGCAACAAUAGCAUGGCAAACUUCAAUCCUGUCCCGCCUGGGCGUCUUGUAACCCAUUUCACUAAUAGAGACAGGGAGCUUCAAAGUGCUGGAUGGUCGGAGCUGUGGGACAUGGGUCAGAGCGAUCUUUGGGAUCGCGGGAUCCCGUCGCCGGCAUUGGUUGAUUUUGUUGAGUCGCGGCCCCGGCUCCUUCCCCGACGGGAGGGUGGGCGUCGCCUAAGAGCGCUGGUGCCAGGCUGCGGGAAAGGUUACGACCCCGUCAUGCUCGCCCUUCAUGGCUUCAACGCCUACGGCCUUGAAGUCUCCCAAACGGCUAUCGACACCGCCAACGCCUACGCGACCACCGAGCUCGCCCACCCGACCGUGUUCAAUUUCGCCGAGACGGACAAUCGGCACGUUGACCAACCGGGAACCGUCAAGUUUGUCCGCGGCGACCUUUUCCAGCGGGACUGGGAGGUAGGCUGCGUUGCGGAAGACGGCACGCAGGGAUUCGACCUGAUUUACGACUACACCUUCCUAUGCGCUCUCCUGCCCGAGAUGCGAAAAGACUGGGCUCGGAGGAUUCGAGAGCUUCUCACCCCAUCCGGCGUUCUCGUCUGCCUAGAGUUCCCCUUGUACAAAGACUUGAAGUCUGUCGGGCCGCCUUGGGGAGUUAAGGGUGUCUAUUGGAACCUUCUAGGCGAAGGCGGCGAUGGGCUGAUACAAGAACUGGCAGGGGCGUCAGACACUGGGCAUGGACCGUUUGAGAGGGUGGCCUACAUCAAGCCUCCUCGCUCGUACAAGGCUGGUCAAGGGACAGACAUGCUUAGCGUCUGGGCCCUGAAGAAGUGAAGGAAGGUCAGGCGGCGCUUUGGGUUUGGCACAUGUGCUCUUGGUGCAACAUAGGGGGAGCUAAAUUUAACUGC